AUUUCACUUUUCUUUGCAGCAACCUUUUCUUUUGCAACCAUGUUAUCAACUUGAAUGAUGUUUUUUUUGACUCCUUGACAUUCACUUUUCUCAAAAGUGUUCCCACAAGCGAAGCCAUAGCACCGGUGGGCAGAGGAAAUAACUGAUGUUACUGGCCCCGAUUUGAAAAUCUGGCACACUUUUCUGUUAUUAGUUCAAUAUGUGGAGGUACGCUUGAUUUUUACAUCUAAACACCUCCCACCGCAAAGGUUGGGCUGAUUCCCUGGUUGUUGCCUGACUCAAUCAUAAUAAUCAAGCGCUUCUACCGUCCGAUUGGCUAAGCCGCACCGCCAACUCUGUGCCGUUGAAAGAAGCUAUUAGUCCGCGCAAAAUAAAUUGGAUCUUGUCGCUAUGUACCAGCAUAUGAUUUUCCAUCAGUUAAGUUCGGCGUUGCCUGGAAAUAUGAUGGAAAGGCCUGAGCGCUCUACCCGGGCAAAAGGACAGCGGGGGAAUGAAGGAGAAAGCUCCGAUAUGCCUACUGCUGUUAGUAAUAUCGAAAAUUUUCAACCACACAAAGUGCAAUGGAAGAAAAGGUCGGAAGAGCUGCAGUCCCGAAUCAAUGAGCUGGAGGAGGAGAAUGCUUUGCUCAAGCAGCAGCUUGAGCAAAGGCCUUCAGCAAAUCAAGGUGAGAAAAUGGACAACACUGCCACCGACCCAGAGUCAGACACUGACUCGAGUUCCAACUCCAGCACUGACUCCACCGAUUCCAGGAGCAGUGAUACAAGCUCUUCCUCCUCUGAUGGCCGCAAGAAAAAGAGGAAGCACAAAAAGAAAAACAAAAAGAAGAGCAAAAAGGCUUCAAAGAACAAAGGACUUCGAGUGACAACAAUAUCGGAUGUUGUUAAAAGGUACCGAUGGGUCCUUAAACUAAUUCAAAAAGGACGCAAGAUGUCGAGGGCAUUCCUGAAGGCACGUGUUUCUAGAAACGCAGUUAAAGACACCGCAGCAAUCGCGGAGCUCUACAUUGCAGAGAGGAGUGUCCUGGAUGGAAUCAAAGGCGAACAGAGGCUCCUUCAUUUAGCAAAGCUCUGCCAGUCCAAAAUUGUUGGAGAACUUGCCCUUAAAAUUGAAGAGCUGAAGAGGAAAAAAAACCUCAUACCAUUCUCCAAAAAGGGUUAA